UUCUUCGUCCUGUGGGUUUGUGGGAUGUCUUUUGGUGGAGGAAUGCUUGUCUCCUACUCCUUUUAGUUCCCACUCUCCCAUGUACUCCUUCCCCCACACCGCCCCUUCUCUCUCAAGAAAAUAAUGGAAAUAUAGAAGCUUCACACUUCCAUCACCUUCUCCACCUCUCCAAACUUGCUUCUGUUGCUAUGGAGCACACUUGCAAGCUCUGCUUCCGCCGCUUCGCCAAUGGCCGAGCUAUGGGAGGUCACAUGCGGUCUCACGUGACUUCAGCCACUCCUCCGGUCAAGGCCCAGCUACUCCACGACUCCUCCGCUUCCUCCACGUCCGCCUCCUCCCAGCAAGCGCCGGCGGUGGCGCCGGAGGAAGUAGAAGAGCGGGGCGGUGACGAGGAUGGUAAGGGGAUGAGUUUCUGCUAUAGCCUUAGAGAGAAUCCGAGGAAGAGCUUCCGGCUCGUGGAUCCGGAGUUCUCCUCCUUCGCGGCCGUGGACGCCGGCUCCUCCUCCGUCGUCCAGGACGGGGAGAGCGAGACGGAGUCCUCCCGAGCCCCGCCCUCCCAUGGCCGCCGCUCCAAGCGCCCCCGCCCCGCUCCCCUGCCCCCGCCGGAGCACCCCGAACCGGGACCGGCCAGCUCCGUCUCCGACACCACCACGGAGGAGGACGUCGCCCUCUCCCUCAUGAUGCUCUCACGCGACUUCUGGACCAAGACCAAGUCCGAAGAAGAGGAUGACGACGAGAAGCAGCGAUCGGACGGCUGGGAAGACGACGAUGGGGCGGCGGAGGAGAAGGGGCAGAUCGUCGCCGGCCGGUUGCAACCACCGCCGCCGUCGCCGGCGUCGGCGAGGGGGAGGAGCAAGUACCAGUGCGGCACGUGCAAGAAGGUGUUCCGCUCGUACCAGGCGCUGGGAGGCCAUCGGGCGAGCCACAAGAAGAGCGGGGUUGCAUGUAUCACGGCCGUCCAGGCCCAGAUCCACGACGUGGAGUCCUCCGAGGGCAAUGCCGAUCGGGAAGCCAACAAGGUCCACGAGUGCUCCUUCUGCUUCCGCGUCUUCAGCUCCGGUCAGGCCCUCGGCGGCCACAAGCGCUCCCACCUCACUUCUUCCGCCACCGCCACGACCAUCACCAUCUCCUCGCCAGCGCCGCCCCCUCCGCCGCCGUCCUCUGGCAUCACCAAGUUCGGGGAAAGCUUCAGCUUCAUCGAUCUCAAUCUCCCGGCUCCAUUAGAGGACGACGCCGAGCUCUCCGCCGUCUCCGAUGCCGAGUUCAUCUCCCAGCUCCAUUAGAGGACGACGCCGAGCUCUUCGCCGUCUCCGAUGCCGAGUUCAUCUCCCAGCUCCAUUAGAGGACGACGCCGAGCUCUUCGCCGUCUCCGAUGCCGAGUUUCAAACUGAGACUACUUAAUUACUCUCUUCAUAUUCAUCUACAAAUCUACAAUGCUCAAUUCGAUCACUCGGAACUCCAGAGCAAGCUGAUCAAGUAUAUAUAUAGAAGCCAGUUGAGUUGGGAGCCGAUUCAAACUUUCGAGGUAAGAACUACAUAAGAAACUAAAGCCAACUCAAGAAGAUCAAAACAAAGUUUUAAUCUCCUCCAAUAUUAAAUCUGGAAAGACCCGUGAUUUUACUGAUUUCUUUGUAUCUAUCUACUGCUCCUCCUUUGCUUCUGCUGACAUCGAUCUCCAUUUUUUUGUGUGUAUUGAAGAAUUUGUUCUUGGUAUUAAGUUCCAGCUGCUUACUGUAACAGCUUAAUAGUAGCUUGGAUUGAUGGAAAUUGAGAAACUUCAUUUUAAUUUAA